CUCUCCCCCAAACGUCCAAACCCUAGCUCGCACAGGAAAGAGAAGGGAGAAAAAAAAGUUGGGGGGAUCGGACCCAAACCCUCCCAAACCCCAUUCCUCUCAACCAUGGCUUCCCUCCUCCGCCGCCACCGCCACCCCCACCCGCUCCCCGCCGCCCACCUCCUCCGCCGCUUCUCCGCGCUCCCCGACGUCGAUCACCCGCCGCCGCCCGCCUCGACCCCCACCACCCCCGCCUCCACGCGCUCCCCCAUCCUCGACCUCCAGCUCGCCGUCCGCGGCGAGGCCGACCCGGCCCGCAUCCACUCCCUCGUCGCCACCGCGCUCUCCCGCCCCGACGACUACCCGCGCCUCCACGGCUCCCGCCCGCUCUUCUCCCUCGCCGCCUCCCGCCUCGCGCGCCUCCGCCGCCCGGACCUCGCCGCCUCGCUCCUCCGCGCCCUCCUCGACUCCGCCCCGGCGUCCCCGGGCCUCCUCGCCCGCGCCAUCUCCCUCUUCCCGGGCCCCGACGACGCCCUCCGCGCGUUCUCCGACUCCGCGCCCGCCGCCCGCUCCGACGUCUCCCUCUCGGCGCUCCUCUCCGCGCUCUUCCGCGCCGGCCGCGUCGACGACGUCAAGUCCACCCUCGCCUCCGCGGAGACCUCCUUCGGCGUCGCCCCCGGACGCGCCUCCCACAACGUGCUCCUCCACGCUCUGGUGAAGAACUCCGAGCUCGCCGCCGCCCGCAAGCUGCUCGGCGAAAUGGCCAAGAAGCUAAAGCACCGCCCGGCCCCUGACAUCGUGUCGUACAACACCGUGCUCGCUGGCUAUUCUGCGCAGGGCGAUGAGGAGGGGUUUGAGAAGCUACUGAAGGAGAUCAGCGCAAAGAAGCUGGAGCCGAAUGUUGUGACUUACAACUGCCGGAUACAGUGGUUUGCCAAGAAGGGUGAAACCUUCAAGGGGGAGGAGCUGCUUGAUGCCAUGGAGUCAAAGGAUGUGGCGCCGAAUUACCUUACGUACAAUGCGCUUGUGCAGGGGUACUGCAAGGAGGGGAAUGUUGGGUCAGCCAUGCGUGUGUUCAAGAGGAUGAAAGUGAUGAAGAGGAGGGAGGGUAGGAGUGACUUGGGUGUGUCAGCGCAUUCGCAAACAUAUGUGGUGCUGUUCAGGAGCUUGGUGGAGAAAGAGAGGCUUGAUGAUGCUCUAUGGAUUUGUAAGAGCUGCUUUGCGAUGAAGGCAGCACCACCCUUUGAGGCAGUCAAGGGUUUGGUUGAGGGAUUGGUGAAGGGUGGGAAAUCUGCAGAGGCAAAGGAUGUUGUCGCCAAGAUGAACCUUCUUGUGAAAGGUGAUGCUAAAGUGGCUUGGGAGAAGAUUGCUGGUGAAUUGUCCCUUGAAGGAACACCUAGUUCAAAUCCAUGAUUUGCUUGAGGAAUGUAUGUCACUGUGUCACUUCUGAUAAAAUCAUAUGUUUUGGCCCUUGAAUAAUGCUGAUGAAGAACUUCCAGAUGGAAUCUAGUGUUUUCGUUGCGUUAUCAUGGGGCUGUUUUUUCGAGUUCCAAUGUUUAGAUCAGAAUGUAACAGAUGAAUCUAUAAAGUGGAAUUUAAGAAGUGGUAUUUUGUAAUCCCUUCAACGUAAGAACCUCUUUUUUUCCCCCUUUCUUUCGUUUUUUUAAUAAUAUUUGAGAAGGAUGUUUAAACAUGUUGAAGUGAACUCAUGAUGCAUGUACUAUCAGCCACUGUAAUAUGUUUUUUUGUA